AUGAAAAAUUAUACAGCAAUAACAACAUUCAUCCUUGUGGGACUAACCGAUGACCCAAAUCUACAGAUUCUGCUCUUCAUCUUUUUGUUUCUAACCUACCUUUUGAGUGUUGUUGGAAACCUGAUCAUCAUCACUCUCACUUUGGUAGAUCCUCACCUCAAAACACCCAUGUAUUUUUUCCUCCGGAAUUUCUCCAUCUUGGAAGUGUCAUUCACAACCGUCUGUAUUCCCAGAUUCCUCUAUACAAUGGCAUCUGGGGACAAUACUGUUACAUACAAUGCAUGUGCCACUCAAUUAUUUUUUGUUGUUAUCCUGGCUGUGGCUGAGUUUUUUCUCCUGAUGGCCAUGUCCUAUGACCGCUAUGUGGCCAUCUGCAAACCCCUGCAUUACACAACUAUCAUGAACAACAUGGUCUGCAUCAAGUUCCUCAUUGGCUGUUACAUGAUUGCUCUAAUCAUCGUCAUCCCACCAUUUGGCAUGGGCUUUGAGCUUGAGUUUUGUGACUCUAAUGUCAUAGAUCACUUUGGCUGUGAUGCUGCUCCCAUCCUGAAGAUUACUUGCUCAGACACAGAGUUCCUAGAGCGAUUCGUCUUGGUCCUGGCUGUGUUGACGCUCCUGUUCACCUUGAUGUGUAUAAUCAUGUCCUAUAUAUACAUCAUCAGGACCAUUCUCAGAUUCCCUUCUGCCCAGCAAAGGAAAAAGGCUUUUUCUACAUGUUCUUCCCAUAUAAUUGUGGUUUCUAUCACUUAUGGAACCUGCAUUUUCAUCUACAUCAAACCACAUGCAAAAGAAGGGGUAGCUAUUAAUAAGGUGGUGUCAGUGCUAACAACUUCGGUUGCCCCCGUAAUGAAUCCUUUCAUUUAUACUCUGAGGAACAAACAAGUGGUACAAGCUUUCAAAGACAUGACCAAAAGGGUUGCAUUCAAUAUCAAAAAACUAAAUGAUUACUGA